AUGUCCAAUGGAGAUAGCAAUCAACCACCAUCCCAAACCAGUCCACCGAGCCCAUACAUUCAUUUCAGUGAGCAAGCCAACGAAUAUCGAGAAUAUGUUCAGACACUCGCAGGCCGGUGGCCUGGAUUAUCCUAUCUCGAUGCUUAUCUGCAGGAUGCUCUAUAUCUCGAGCGGAGGACUUUCGGAAUUGUGCUCAUCAAGCCGAGCGACGAUGCUUCCGUGCAGCGUAACAUGAGAUUGGAAGAUGUUCUGCCCCAACUGGAUGAUUGUUCCAUUCCGAAACUUAUAGUCUUGGAAGACCCCACUCCCAGGAUGAUUGCAGAGCUCGGAGCAAAACUGCGAAUUGAUCCUCAGUUUUGGGCAGAUUUCCUGGUCGGCCCGUCUUGGUUUGGGUCAGGAAAGGUAGAUAUUGGACCUGGUGAACCGAGUGUCCAAUAUAGAGAUGACAGUCUGCUAGAGCAGCUUUGGCCCCUACCAAAAGCCGCGAGGCAGCAGGAGCAUUACUGCUUUCGGUUUGUUGCUCACAGAGAACCAACACCGAAUAUGGAUGACUACAGCUCAUUAUCAGCGUCCUAUCCUAUCUGUGGGAAUGCCAAACCUGGGCCUCCAAUUUGCGCCAACUCGAUCGGUCUACGCAACAAUCUCACUGUAUGGGAGAACCAGCAUGAACGUGAUAGGGCCAAAGGUGAAACCCCACCACGGGAUAUAGCGUGGGUAGGUGUCAUUGCGGUGAAGAACCAAAGUAGCCGAAUACCAGUCUGCCAGCCAGGUUCUUCAUAUAUCUUCCGAGAGUACCUUCCAAGGCCACAGUUUAGAGAAAGCUUCAAUAUGGACAUUCUGGAUAACGCAAGAGAAUGGGAAGGACGACCUCAACGAGCUCUGAAAACCAAUUAUUCUAUCAAGGAGAUCCUCUGCUACCACCUCAUCUACCAUUUUCGGAAGAAGGAUUCUCGCGAUGCCGCAAUGACAUCACCGCGCCUCCUAUUCGUUGAUGUACUUCAAUUGAUCAGUUGCUUCUGGGUGGCUGAGAUUGAAUCGAAACAUUUACGCUUAUCUUGGAUGGAGGUGUAUUAUCAGAAGGAGGUUAUUAGACGGAAUCGAAGAUAUCCCUCCUUCAUGGAUCCCCCAUAUCCAGACCCUCUGGCAGUCUCUCCGCAAGGCUCCAAGCAGAUCUGA